UCGGUGUGGUGACACUGGGAGGUGAAGCGCAGAAUCCCCGUUCAGUCAGUGUAAUCUGCAGCUUUACAUCUCCUGCACGGCGGGGCUGUGUUAAUCAGACCUCCAUAAUCAUCUUCUUACCAAGCCCCGCUGCAGCAUGCUGACCCGCGUGUUCCGUGCCCACGGCCUCGUGGUGGCCUCUCACCCCUGGGAGGUGAUUGUGGGGACGGUCACCCUCACUGUCUGUAUGAUGUCCAUGAACAUGUUUACUGGGAAUGACCAGAUAUGUGGCUGGAACUUUGACUGCCCCAAAACAGAGGAAAUUCUGAGCAGUGACGUCAUCAUCCUCACCAUUACACGUUGUAUCGCCAUUGUCUAUAUUUACUUUCAGUUCCAGAACCUAAGACAGCUGGGGUCCAAAUAUAUUUUAGGCAUUGCUGGCCUUUUCACCAUCUUCUCCAGCUUUGUAUUCAGCACAGUUGUCAUUCACUUUCUUGAUAAGGAGCUCACUGGCCUCAAUGAGGCUUUGCCCUUCUUUCUGCUUCUCAUCGACCUCUCCAAAGCAUGCGCUCUCGCCAAGUUUGCCUUAAGCUCUAGUUCUCAGGAUGAAGUGAGGGAUAACAUUGCUCAUGGGAUGGCAGUACUUGGACCUGCCUUUACUUUGGAUGCUCUGGUGGAAUGCUUAGUGAUCGGAGUGGGAACCAUGUCAGGUGUAAGGCAGUUGGAAAUCAUGUGCUGCUUUGGAUGCAUGUCUGUCUUGGCCAACUACUUUGUGUUCAUGACUUUCUUCCCAGCAUGUGUUUCCCUGUUGCUGGAGCUGUCCCGCGAGAGUCAGGGGGGCCAUCCUAUCUGGCAGCUCAACGAUUUGUCCAGAGCGAUGGAGGAGGAGGACAACAAACCCAAUCCUGUAACACAGAGGGUCAAAAUGAUCAUGUCUCUAGGCCUGGUCAUGGUUCAUGCUCACAGCCGCUGGAUUGCUGAACCAUUGUCCAUAAACUCUACAGUGGACAUGCUCGGGGUUGGCGUGGAGCUGGACCACUUCUCACCCAGGAGAAUUGAGCCGGAUAAACCUCUUUGGCAGUUCUACCUCACGAGGAUGAUAACUAUGGACAUAGAGCAAAUGAUCUGUCUGGUCUUGGCCCUGCUGCUAGCUAUCAAGUACAUCUUCUUUGAACAGGCUGAGAUGGAAUCUACGCUGUCACUGAAGAACCCCAUCUCCCUUUCCACACACACCCUAAAUCCUCCAUCCCUAUCCGAGCCCUGCUGCAGGGAGGAUCUAGUUACGUCACGAUGCCACGCCCCUGCUCACACCAUGGCUGUUCCAGGACCUGCCCAUAAGGAGGAGAGAGAUGAGGUUAUCCGGCCCCUGUCUGCUGCCGACAACGAUCAUCAUCCAAGGAGCUUCUUUGUAAUGAGGGAAGAAGAAGAAGAAUCCAAGUCUGAGAGCACGGAGAACACGCUUCCCCAAAAGCCCAGAGACCUGAACGACUGUGUGGCCACCCUCAACGACCCUAAGCUGGGCCCUCGUUUCCUGAGUGAUGCUGAGGUGAUGCUCCUGGUCAGCUCUAAACACAUCCCUGCCUACAAACUGGAAGCCAUCAUGGAGACCGCAGAGCGAGGCGUGGCAGUUAGAAGAAAAAUGUUAUCAACCAAGCUUCCCUUUUCCUCUGCGCUCUCCUCUUUACCGUACACAAACUAUGACUACUCGAAGGUUGUCGGCACCUGCUGUGAGAACGUGAUUGGCUAUGUGCCCAUACCUGUGGGUGUGGCUGGACCACUACUUCUGGAUGGGAAACAGUUCCAAGUUCCCAUGGCAACUACAGAAGGCUGCUUGGUAGCCAGCACCAACCGUGGCUGUCGAGCAAUCGCACUGGGUGGGGGAGCCCGUAGUCGUAUCUUGGCUGACAGCAUGACUCGGGGCCCUGUAGUCAGACUACCCUCUGCCUGCUGUGCUGCUGAAGUCAAAGCCUGGCUGGAGAGCACCGACGGUUUCCAGGCCAUCAAAGCCGCCUUUGACAACACCAGCAGGUUUGCGAGGCUUCAGAAGCUGCUGGUGGGUCUGGCAGGGAGAAAUCUUUAUAUCCGCUUUCAUUCAAAGACUGGAGAUGCGAUGGGGAUGAACAUGAUCUCUAAGGGCACAGAGGAGGCUCUGAGGUUACUGCAGCAGCACUUCCCAGAGCUGCAGGUGGUGGCUGUUAGUGGGAACUACUGCACAGACAAAAAGCCAGCUGCCAUCAACUGGAUCGAAGGCCGGGGAAAGUCUGCUGUCUGUGAGGCCACCAUCCCUGCCAAGGUGGUCAGAGAGGUUUUGAAAACAAGCACAGAGGCUCUGGUGGAAGUUAACAUCAGUAAGAACCUGGUGGGUUCAGCCAUGGCAGGAAGCAUCGGGGGAUUUAAUGCACAUUCAGCCAACCUGGUCACAGCCAUCUACAUAGCAUGUGGACAGGACCCAGCUCAGUCAGUGGGCAGCAGUAACUGCAUCACCCUCAUGGAGCCGUCAGGCCCAGCAGGAGAUGACCUGUACAUCUGCUGUACUAUGCCAUCUAUAGAACUGGGCACUGUAGGAGGAGGAACCAACCUGCCUCCACAACAGGCCUGUCUGCAGAUGCUGGGUGUGCAAGGAGCCAGUCAGGACUGUCCAGGUGAGAACGCCCGACAGCUGGCCAGGAUCGUGUGUGCCACCGUACUCGCUGGAGAGCUCUCGCUGAUGGCUGCUCUGGCUGCUGGGCAUCUGGUCAAGAGUCACAUGACCCACAACAGGUCAAAGGUAAACCUGCAGGAGACGGGAACGUGCACCAGGGAAGCAUCGUGAAAGAACAGCUGGGUCUGCUGGGAAAACUCAGGUUACUGGAAACGUGGCCAAUCUGAAAGGGGCGGCUGAUUCAUCAAUGACCUUAAAGACGAUCCAAAUCAAAGAGACUUUCUGCUGAGCAGUUUCUGUUCUGACAUUAGAGGAUGAAUCAGUAUGUUUACUGAGUCUGGUUGUGUUUGAUUACACUGAACAAUCAGUUCAUGACUUCUUUUAUUUCAGCAGAAUGAUGUAAGCUUUACAGCCCAUUGGAUUCAAAUUAAAAUUCCUCCCCUCCUACGUCCAGUCUGAGAGCUGUGAAUACAAAUCAUACCUGUAACUGAUGUGUGAGACAUGCUGUUGAUCACACUUUAUGGUUUAUAAUUAUCUCAUUUCUUUGUCUAACAAGGACACGGUUCAGUUGUUAAACAUUCAGUUGGCACUUCAGUCUUAGAGAACUACUGAUUGCAUUUUGCUGGUUUUAUAAAACCUUGUCCACAUCCUGACACAAACACUACAAUACUACACAAAAGUAAAAGCACAUUUGUGGUAAUGCAACAGUAGCUGACUGCCUUUGACCAUAAUAGCACACGUGACAGCAACAUUAGCAUUGCUGCUACAGACAUGUGGAAGCAGAGCGUGGAUCCAACAGAAGAAAUCAUCACACAGAAGCUUAACCACAGCUUUAUAUGCUGGAAAUGGCAAAGCAACAAAACUGGAACGAAGCUGAGUUACAGGCUAACAGAAGGUUAGCGGCUCACGUACCAUGAGGGAGCUCACAACAGACAACAAAGGGUGACAAAGACAAUAUACACACACGAGGGAACAGCCCACAGCUGACACUAAUCCAGAUUAAAGGAAGCAAAAUUACAGAUUAAAAUUACAGAGGAGACUAACAAAAUAAAACAGGGAAACAGCACACAGAGACCCAGACUGAAACACAGGGACUGGGAAUCAGUGGACUCAGAUAAACUCAGGACCAAACCCGUACAGAGAACCAGAACAGUAACAUCUCCCCAGCCCCAGAACACUGAACCACAGUAAACUUAAAACGCUCAAAGACUCAGGACCAUGACAAACUCCAUCACACAUCACUCAUGGUGCUGGUUGUGGAGGUCAGUCAGCUCACCAGUAUUCUUACACUGAUGAUGAUGAUGAUGGUGGACAGCACUGAAUUCCUUAAUAUGUCCCCGUACUUUGUUCUUGUUCUCGUCUUCUUUUGCCUUUUCAAAUGAAUUUACUGAUGAGGUUCUUUACAGGAACA